AUGACCGCAAGCGCGGAGGAGCGAGCGGAGGAGUUGGAAGCGCAGGUGAAGAGGCAAGGCGAGGCCAUGGCAGCUCUGAAGCGAGAGGUGGACGAAAUGAGGCGCGCGAUGGCGAAGGGGGCGCUGGAGAUGAUGGGAGCGGCGGAGAACCACGGCGCUGGCAGUGCCGCGGCAGGAGUGGCACAUGACGCGGACAGCCUUCCAGCGCAGCCGCCGCCGAAGGGCGAGGCGCUUAUGGCCCUGGUGGAGGCCAUGAUCGCGGCGCGGGUGACGGACGUGCGGGACGAGCUCGCGUCGCAAGUGAAGGGAAUGAAGGAGCAGCUGGAGGCGGCGAGAGGCGAGGCGAGGGACGCGGCGAGCGAGGUAAGGGCGGUGAUCGAGCGGCAGGCUGCGGAGAUCGCGGACUUGCGAGCGAGAGCGGCGCACAAUGAAGCGCGGAUGAACGACGUGCGGAAGAAGCCGCGCGCCGAGCACAGCGACGGUAGCGACGGCAGCGACGGCAACACAAAGGAGCAUGAAGAGAUGGAGGAGCGGGAAACGAAGAAGAGGAAAAGGGAGGUCGCGGGGAAAGCGGAUGAGCCGGAGGAAUUUGCAGGUGCUGCAGAUGAUUCUGCGGCAGAUGGUGCUGCUGGCGAUGAUGCUGCUGUUGAUGGAAACUGGGAUGAAGAGGACUACACGGAAUGGGAGGCUGAAUGGGAGGAAGUGAAGGGCUGGGCGGUCGAGGUGGAAAGCAGUGUGGCGAAGCUGGAGAAGACGAGUGACGAAGGAAAGAGGAUAUGGGAGGCAAUGCUCACUCUGUGGGAAGUAGCAGCACCAGCGCAGAGGCAAAUGGACCUCAGCGGCAUCUCCUGCCUCACAGACGCUGCUCUCACUCGCCUCGCCUCGUUGCAAUCCCUCAAAACUAUCAACCUCAGAGGCUCCUCCGGCUUCACAGCAGCAGGGAUGAGGAAGCUGUACUCCCUCACAGGCCUGCGUCGUUUGGAGCUGGGUUCUGCUGCCACAACGGAUGCUGGUCUGGAAGGUAUUGGCUGCCUGAAAAAACUGCGCACGUUUGUGAUUCACAACACCGAGAUCACAGACGCGGGAGUGGCGAGGCUGCAAGAGCUGUCUGGCCUCACGGCACUGUCCAUGAGCGGAUGUGUGACUGACUCCGGCUUGAAGUACCUGAGCAAUAUGAAAAGCUUGGAGAGGCUUUCACUGAAGAAUGCCAGCAUCACAGCAGCAGGCAUGAAGUGGCUCACGGGUCUCACGUCCCUGCAGAAGGUUGGGACUUUGUCGAGCGAGAUUGAGGAAUUCAUAAGGGACACUCUCCCUUGGGCAAUCGCCACAUCAGGUCACAUCGAUGCGUGA